ACAGAUAUUGUAUGUAAAAAUUUUAGCAGCAUCUUCUCAAAGCUAACUGUUAUCAUUGUGUCUUCAUUAUUUCUUUCUGUAGGCUUUUCCAGCAAAUGCAGUGACUGUUUUUGUGUACUGCAGCUCGGUGACAGUUUUCUUCACGGUAAUAAAGGUGAUCAGCUACCGUUUGCACCUUAUGUUUGAUAAAGGCGAAGUAAUUCAACAAAAGCUCUCAAGAAAAAAUGGAAGGCAGUGUAAAGAUACAGAGGUUCAAAAAGGAGAAGUGGUUCAGUCCUCAAACUGUAGCAAUAACUCGGGGGAUCAUGUCGUCGGUGAGACCAGCCAAAAUGACUCUACGCAGACAAUUCCCGACAGCUCCAGAGUGCAGGCUCCGCACUCGCAGGACUCACCUGGAGCCACGGAUCUGCCAACAAGGGAAACUAUUGAAGAUCUUAGAGGUGUUAUGGUACUAGAAGACCAGGCUACACCACCAGUUUCAUCUACCUCACCCUGUAUCAAAGCAGAUAUAUUACCUGUUUCUACAACCUCUGGUUCAGGUGCCACCACAUCAGCAAUAGCAACAAAACCAGCUGUUAUGGAAACAUUUCCUGGUGAUGGAGUAAAUGAAAAAGGAGUGAAUGGACAGCCUUGUGGCCACCGUGGAUCCCAAGAUAUUCUUGUGGACAGAGACAUAGCUAAAAACUUCUCCAAUAUUUCUUCAUCACAAGGUGAUAUUUUAAGGACCGGAGUUUCAUCAGAGCCAUGGGACAGUGAAAAUUCAGUUAUUUCAGACUAUUUAAGUAAUCCUAAAAGCUACAAAAGAGAGAAAUUGCCAGAUGGAUCGCCAGAGACAGGCUUUACCAGUAACUACCCACAGUGCAAUGCCGUUGCAACCAAAGAGUGUGAGCAGAUGGAAAGUUCUUGCAAUGCUGGUAAUAGCCAUGAGGACCUUGAUUGCUCAGACAGUGAGACUGCUGUUGUAGUUGUGGAUAAUUCUCUUCCUGGAGACCAGCUGUGCGAGCCCAUCAAAAUUGUCAUCACAAUGAGUACUACACCAAACACCACCCUCAGUGACCUACCAGGCUCUGUGCCUUUACAGGCCCUGGAAAGUGAGAGAACAAGCUCAGCCCUUGACUCUGGUGUAGUUAGAGCAGGCUGGUCAAGUCAGCAAACUAAUGAACAGCUCAAAAUCCCUGUUAUCACGUUUGACCUGUCUGAGGACAGUAAAGCUAAGCCUUGCUCAGAAGUUAGUGAAAGUGACAGAACUCCAGAAAUGUUGAGGGCAGAGUUGUCAUCCAACCAGUGCUCUGGCUAUGAAUCGGGUGAUGCAGUAAAGGAGCUCAGCAACCCAGCAAAUACACCUCUAGAAACUAACACUUGUUCAGAUCCAAAUCAGGAGAACGCUUUGGAAAAUAUCCAGACUGUGGAUUUAAGUUCUAAGGAAGACCUGCAUAACCUAGACCCACAGUCCUGUAGAACUGCCCAUGAAAAGAGGCAUAUGCGGGUGUUGAGUGUAGACAGUGGGACAGAUGUGCUUUUAAGUAAGAAUUUUGUGGAGGUAUCUGACAAAGAAAAGACCUUACCAACCUCUAAAUCAGAUCUAGAAGCUAAAGAAGGUCAGAUGCCCAAUGAAUCUAACUUUCUAGAAUUUGUCUCCCUCUUGGAAUCCAUUAAUACCUCAAAGAUGAAGACAUCUAAUCAAUCCACUGUCAAAACAGAGACGACAAAGGAAAAUGGGCUUGUUGGAGAUAGCCAGAUGACGGAGAGAAAAGAAGAAAUGGUGGGAACAGAAAAGCACUGUGAGCAACUUCCUAAACAGGAAAGAUCAGAUGUACAAAGCCAAGAUCGUGCUAGUACUAGUCCGGUGCUACCAGAGUCUGCCAAAUUUGCAGCACUUUACCAGGGCAGCAGGCAAAGGCAGAUAAUCUACCGGGUAACUUCUCAGCAAGACAGUUCUGUCUUGCAAGUAAUAAGUGGACCUGAGGCAUCUGUGCAAGAUGAGCUCUCCGUGGAUGCAAUGCAUGUGUUCAUAGAUGAAAAUGGGGAAAUUAGAUCCUGCUAUUUAAAAGCUGGCUGUCAGAAGGAAGGAAAUUUUAGACAUCAGCUAUCAAAUUGUGAUUGUAUGUCAAAUGCUCAUGAAAUACAGUUCAGCUCCUCCAGUACUACCACUUCAGAGAGCCAAGAACCAUCUUCUGGGGAUCAAGCAGCCAGCGCGCUUCAGCAGCAGCUCCUACUGAUGGUGGCCAGAAGGACCCUUUCAGAAAACCCACGGCAGCCCAGCCAGGACCCUGAGGAUUCUUCAUGUUCUUCAGCACAACGGAAGCUGAACAGGCAGUUUUACAGAUUUGUUAUAUUCCCUGGCAAGUGGAUUAAAGUCUGGUAUGAUCGUCUUACCUUGUUGGCAUUGUUGGACAGGACAGAAGAUAUAAAGGAAAACGUGUUUGCUGUCCUUCUAGUAGUUCUUGUUUCACUUCUUGGAUUCCUGACUCUGAACCAAGGCUUCUGUAAAGACAUUUGGGUUCUGUUGUUCUGUCUCGUAAUGGCCAGCUGCCAGUAUUCUCUCCUCAAGAGUGUUCAGCCUGAUCCUGCUUCACCAAUACAUGGACACAAUAAAAUCAUAAUCUACAGCAGACCUGUAUAUUUUUGUAUAUUGUGUGGCCUUAUUUUGCUGCUAGAUGCUGGAUCUAAAGACACAAAUCCUCCUGUUUAUACAAUGUACGGCCUGAAGCUCUUCUCACCCAGAUCUCUCCAGUCAGCCAGAGACCAUGUAAUAGUGUUUUUAUAUUGCUUUCCUGCAAUUUCUCUUCUUGGACUUUUCCCUCAAAUCAAUACCUUCUGCAUAUAUCUUUUGGAACAAAUAGAUAUGUUGCUUUUUGGUGGUUCUGCUGCUGCUGGGUUUGUAUCUGCAUUGUACAGCAUUUCCCGAAGCUUUGUUGUUCUGAUUGUCCUAUAUGCCUUCUGCUUCAGUGCAGUGAAGGAACCCUGGGAUGCACAGCACAUUCCAGCGCUGUUCUCUGCUUUCUGUGGUCUGCUAGUUGCACUUUCUUAUCACCUCAGCAGACAAAGCAGCGACCCAUCUGUGCUGAUGUCCCUUAUUCAGUGUAAAUAUGUCCCUCACUAUCUACGCCAACGAUUUGAAGAAUCAUCAGAAGAUCCACUCCCAGAAAAAAUGAGAGAAUCAGUGAGAGAAAUCUUGAAAUCGGAUCUCAUUGUCUGCACGGCAGCUGCUGUUCUGUCAUUUGCUGUCAGUGCCAGUACUGUGUUCCUGUCAUUAAGGCCAUUUCUCAGCAUUGUCCUGUUUGCUUUGGCGUGGACAGUGGGAUUUGUAACACAUUACAUCCUUCCUCAGCUCCGCAAGCAUCACCCCUGGCUGUGGAUCUCCCACCCCAUACUCAAAAGCAAAGAGCACCAGCAGCGGGAAGUGAGAGAUGCUGCUCAUUUGAUGUGGUUUGAAAGGCUUUAUGUGUGGCUACAGUGCUUUGAGAAAUACAUUUUAUAUCCAGCUAUAAUACUGAAUGCACUCACCAUUGAUGCUUUCUCAAUCAGUAAAUACAAGAAGCUUGGUACACACUGUGACAUUAUCCUGAUAACAGUUGCUGGGAUGAAACUCCUCCGCUCCUCAUUCUGUAAUCCUAUUAAUCAAUUUGUUACUCUGAGCUUUACUGUGAUCUUCUUCCGAUUUGACUACAGAGACAUUUCAGAAAAUUUCUUGCUGGAUUUCUUCAUGAUGUCCAUUGUGUUUCAUAAGCUGUGGGACCUACUGCAGAAGUUGCAGUUCAUCAUGACAUACAUUGCUCCCUGGCAGAUUGCCUGGGGGUCAUCGUUCCACGUUUUCGCUCAGCUCUUUGCAAUACCUCACUCUGCUAUGCUUUUUUUUCAAACUCUGGCCACUUCAGUCUUUUCUACACCACUGAGUCCAUUUCUGGGUAGUGUCAUCUUCAUCGCAUCGUAUGCACGACCAAUCAAGUUCUGGGAGAAAAACUACAACACCAAAAGAUCGGACCAUUCCAACACCAGACUGGCAAUUCAGAUCGAAAAAGAUGCAGGAAAUGACGACAAUAAUCUGAACUCCAUUUUUUAUGAGCAUUUGACAAGAUCUCUGCAGGAGUCUCUUUGUGGAGAUUUGAUCCUGGGCCGCUGGGGAAACUACAACACAGGAGACUGUUUUAUUCUGGCAUCAGAUUAUUUAAAUGCCUUUGUGCACUUGAUCGAAAUUGGAAAUGGCCUGGUCACCUUUCAGCUCAGAGGGCUUGAAUUUCGAGGGACAUACUGCCAGCAGAGAGAAGUGGAAGCUAUAACAGAAGGAGAUGAGGACAACGAAGGCUGCUGCUGCUGCAAGCCUGGGCACUUGCCUCACCUGCUGUCCUGUAACGCAGCCUUUAACCUGCGCUGGCUGACGUGGGAGAUCACACGAACCCAGUACAUCCUGGAAGGAUACAGCAUCAUCGACAACAACGCUGCCACAAUGCUGCAAGUGUUCGAUCUGCGCAGAAUCCUUAUCAGAUACUAUAUCAAGAGUAUAAUAUACUUUACAGCAAGUUCUCCCAAAAUCCUUGACUGGAUAAAAGAUGAAUCCAUCCAAAAGAUACUGCAGCCUUAUGCAAAGUGGCAUUAUAUUGAACGUGACCUUGCGAUGUUUAAUGUUAACAUAGAUGAAGACUAUGUUCCGUGUCUCCAAGGAAUAACAAGAGCUAGCUUCUGCAGUGUUUAUCUGGACUGGAUUCAGUUCUGUGCCAGGAAAAGGGUGGAGCACCUGGACAGUGAUGAGGAUUCUCCUCUAGUGACGCUUUCCUUUGCCUUGUGUAUACUGGGUCGGAGAGCUUUGGGAACUGCAUCUCACAACAUGGCCAUCAGGAGUGAUGUUAGGCACUCGCCCUGGGCCAGAGGGUCACCAGCCACUGCACAGUGGGUCUUUGCAGACAUGGAUCUGUUGCAUAAGGUUGUUGCCCCAGCAAUCCGAAUGUCUCUGAAACUACACCAGGACCAGUUCACAUGCCCAGAUGAGUACGAGGACCCAGCAGUUUUGUACGAAGCCAUCCAAUCCUUUGAAGAAAAGGUUGUGAUUUGCCAUGAAGGGGACCCAGCCUGGCGCAGCGCAGUCCUGUCCAACCGGGAGGAGCUGCUGACUCUGAGACAUGUGGUAGAUGAAGGAGCAGAUGAAUAUAAAGUUAUCAUGCUCCACAAAAGCUAUCUGAGCUUCAAGGUGAUCAAGGUCAACAAGGAGUGUGUCAGAGGGCUUUGGGCUGGCCAGCAGCAGGAACUGAUUUUCUUGCGCAAUCGUAACCCAGAGAGAGGAAGCAUCCAGAACAACAAGCAGGUGUUGCGGAACUUAAUUAAUUCUUCAUGUGAUCAGCCACUGGGAUAUCCAAUGUAUGUUUCCCCCUUAACCACCUCGUACCUUGGGACACACAGCCAACUGAGGAACAUUUGGGGGGGACCUGUCAGUUUGGACAACAUUAAAAAGUGGUUCAAAUCCAAGUGGUUAAGAAUGCGAAAGGACUGCCACGCAGCAGCUCACCACGAGAGAGGCAAUGUUGAAGAGGUGGACAGUGGAGGGGGGUCUUCAUCCAGCAACAAUUCCACAGGGAAUUCAAGCCAGAGCAGUAGCUCACAGCCUACCAGGGAUGGAACCCCUCAGCUGCAAACUUCAUCUCAAGAGGUCCACCAGCGGGCAGGCAGGAGAAAACCCAGGAGUCAGUCUGUCCAGGCACACACUGCUUUAAACCAAAGGCCCCCUGCUUCAAGUCACUCUGGACCAAUUGUAGAAAGCUGCCAGCCUUUCAUCCAAACAUCUACAUCUGCCCACGAAAUUGCCCAAAGGCUUUCUAGUAGUCAGCUAUCAUUCCACAACUCGGCAACAUCUGUGUUUUCUCAGUCCCCUGCUGUUCCUGUUGCUGGCCAGCUGACUGUGCAGGACCGAGCUGCAGCGAUGCUCAGGUCCAGCCUGGCCUCCUCCACCAGCUCAACUCUCAGCCUGUUGUUCGGCAAGAGAAGUUUUUCAAGUGCUUUGGUGAUUUCUGGGCUCUCGGCUGCCGACGGAGGCAACACGAGUGACACGCAGUCAUCCAGCAGCAUGAACAUCGCCAUGGGGCCGUCUGCCAGAGCAGCAAGCCAGGCAGCUCGGCAAGCCGCUGAGACCUGUGAAGCAACAGAUGCUACGGAACCAAGACCCCAGCGGGAGGCGGGUCCAGCCCAUGCACUAUUCAUGAGUCGGAACCUGGAGUGCAGAAGGGCCAGCCAAGAAGAUAUGGCCCUGGAAGACACCGCUUCCCAGCAAAGCCUGUCUGAGGAGCAGUGAGGAGCAUUCCCAGCACAAGGGCCACGCGCUUCUUAGCAUUAAAUACAGACAGAGUUAGGUCAGGAAGCCGCACAUGGGUUUAGGUUCUUUCAAAUGUAAUAAGCAACCUUCAAAUGUUUAUUUUUCUAAUUUCUACACAAGAAUAUUACAGGGCGGAUGUUCUUCAGCUAAUGGCCUUGGCAUGGUUUGGGUUGGAAGAUAUCCUAAAAAACACACAGUGCCACUUCAUCUCAGGUUCUUGUAAAUCCUAGAACAAUGAAUACAACCUGUUUAAUGUUCCUUCCCCUGGAAUGGUCAGAAUCACAAACGAAUACAGUAGGAAAUGUUAAUACAACUCAGUGAAAAGCACACAAAAGACAUCUCUUUCUGCCAUAACUAAAGAGCUGAUUGCAUGCAAACUAACUGAAAUUUGGUAUAUAACAUAUAGCAAAAGGCAACUAAGAACAGAAGCAAUGAAUACAUAAAAGGACAGUACAGUGUCUGUAACAUUAGAGCUAAAUCUGAUUAUUUUUUCCAACAGCAAAUCUUUUUUUUGACGUGCUAUGCAGGUGCUAAUGCUGAAUAGCAACACAGCAUCUCAGACUGAUAUACUGCAUGCAGCCAUACUGAAAUACUGUGUGAACAAGCCACGCUACACCAAUUAACAAAAGCCAAGCGUAAGAAAAGAAAGUAUCCAGUGCAUGGGAAGUCUUCAAAGCAUAUGGUGCACCUUAUUUGCAAAGCAGCUUUGCAUAAAUUAGGUAUUAUCUCGUGCUCCUGUUUGGUUUACAGCAGUGCUUCUCAAAUUCUAAGCAAGAGUACCCUUAGGAGUCGAAAAAGGGCCAUGGGGAAUCCUCCUCAAGGACAGAGAAGUGCAAAGCAGGCUGUAAUUACUGUCUGGAAGUGUUUGUGUUAGGAAGGGAACAGCUAAAUACCUUUAAUUGCUGGACACAGCUCACUGUCCAUAAACACUUUUAGCCAGUAAUUACAAAGCCCUCUGAUUUCCCUCCCCCAGAGAAAACUGAGCUGCUGCCAAUGGACAGAUGAUACAAAAAGGGAGGCCAUGCCUUCACAAGGUUUGAGAAACGCUGAUUUACAGGAAUGCAUGACUACUUUGAAACCCAAAAGGCUACAGCAAAUCCUUCCUCUAUAGUAGAGUCUAAACAAACACGCGUGUGGUUUUUUUUCAAUUAAAAAAAUUGCAGCUAUCAGUGUCUUGCUGUUCCUCUUUACUGUAACUACCAUGGAUUGUUUCUAAAUCUCAACACAAUGAUGUGCAGCCAGGCUGUCUUGUCCCAAUUAACAAGAUUUAACAAAAGAUGCUGUAGCUAAGUCUCAUUACUGUUAGGCAAUACUCAGUUGCAUUCUGAGCUUCCUACUGUGCCACACUUCAGAUCUGAAUAGUAGAACUAAGUAAGACUGAGUGAAAAUAAAAUGAUCCAAGUAUGUUUUGUGGGUCUUCUAUUUGCAAUUGUUUUCACUUGCUUUCUGUCUUAUAAAAUUAAGAAACCUAUUCCUUUUUAGUCCACUUCAGAUCUUUAUGAUUUGAUUAUCAAUAAAGCUUAGCAUAACCAA